GUAGGUUAGCAGGAUAGACUGAGAGGAAGGCGCGACGACAGGGAGAGUCCUCGCGAGCAAGGAGGAGCCUGCGCACGGACCCGCGACUUUAACGUUUGACACACGCUCGCGCAGUAAACCACUAGUUCGCUGAAAGGCAUGUUGCGAGCACCGAGCUGAACAGACGCCUAAGGAAGUGCGACAACUUUUUAAGAUUUCUUUCGAUUUCUUUCCGAUAAUGCUCCACUUCGGAGCACAAAGAUUACAUUUCGCUAGCUGUCUUACGUUGGGUACCUAGCCAGCUGGCCAACUUGGCUUUUCCCCCCCCCCCCCCGACACCUUGAGGACGUCUGAAACCCAGCGAAAACUGUCAGCAUGCGAGCUCAAAUAGAGGUGAUUCCAUGUAAAAUCUGUGGGGACAAGUCCUCUGGGAUACAUUAUGGGGUCAUCACCUGUGAAGGCUGCAAGGGCUUUUUUCGACGCAGCCAACAGAACAACGCCACGUAUUCGUGCUCCCGGCAGAGGAACUGUUUGAUCGACCGCACCAAUCGCAACCGCUGCCAGCACUGCCGUCUGCAGAAGUGCCUGGCGCUGGGCAUGAGCCGGGAUGCGGUGAAGUUUGGCCGCAUGUCUAAGAAACAGCGUGACAGCCUGUAUGCGGAGGUGCAGCGUCACCAGCAACUGUCUCAGAACUGCCUGGGUGGGCUGGGUCACCACGGCGACGAGGCGGCCGAUGCCGGUGGCAACGGCGGCGCCUACAGCAGUGAAGGAUCCAGCGCUGCCCUCGGUGACCUGGACGACAUCGCCACGCUGCCCGACGGCCUGCUCUUCGACCUUCCGCUCACUCCGGGCGAGGCGCGUGAAUACUGCGCCCUGGAGCUGCUGGAUGACGGGUCCGGAGGCGGGGCCAGCAGCGCGGGAAGCAGCGGCUCGUCCAAUCAGAGCUCGCCAGAGCCCAGUGUUGUGGACGGAUUGGAGGCAGGCAGGGUGAGGCACAACUACGAACUGCUGCCUGAGCCCAGCAUCCUCACGCAUGCCCUGCUGGGGGCGCUGUCAGAUGACUGUGCCCUGCUGGAUAUAGAGCGGAUCACGCACAAUGUAGUCAAAUCCCAUCUGGACACGUGUCAGUACAGCAUGGAGGAGUUGAAACGCCUAACUUGGAACGUGUACACACCUGAAGAGACCCGCUCCUUCCAGCUCAAGGCCACCGAGUGGAUGUGGCAGCAGUUCGCCCUGCACAUCUCCACAGCCAUCCAGCACGUGGUGGAGUUUGCCAAGCGGCUCACCGGCUUCCUGGACCUGUGCCAGAACGACCAGAUCAUCCUCCUCAAAGCAGGCUGCCUGGAGGUCUUGCUCAUCCGCAUGUGCCGUGCGUACAAUGCCACCAACCACACCAUGCUCUUCGAUGGCAAGUUCGCCAGCCCUCAGUUCUUCAAGGCGCUGGGUUGUGAUGACCUGGUGAAUGCUGUCUUUGAGCUGGCCAAGAGUCUGUGUCGCCUGCAGCUGAGCGAGGAAGAGAUGGCCUUGUUCACUGCUGCUAUCCUGCUGUCACCUGAUCGCCCAUGGUUAAUGGAGAACCAGCAGGUGCAGAAGCUACAGGAGAGGGUUUAUCUGGCCCUGCAGCACAGCCUGCACAUGGGAGGUGCCAAUCCAGAGAAAUUGGGCAAGAUGUUGUCGAAGCUGCCACAGAUGAAGUCGAUAUGUAACCUCCACAUCGACAAACUGGAGUUUUUUCGCCUGGUCCACCCUGACACAGCGCUCAGUUUCCCACCUCUCUACAGGGAAGUGUUCGGAAGUGAGAUCACCUUCCCUGAUUCCACUGAGAGUUAGACAGGGAGAGCAAGACAAAGGCGGAGGUCUGAGAGCGAGAACCAGAUGAUGUGUUGCAGAUGGGGGGGGGG